CAUAAAUUUUCGCUGUCGUAUUUAACUAUCCAUAUCAACACCGAAGAGUAAGAUGGCAUUAAAGCUAUUUGUGCUUUUCUUCUUUCUAUACAAAGUAAAUAACGAACAGAUUCCUUUCGAGAAUUGUGAUAGAAGCGCACCAAUACAAAUUCACAUUAUCAGCCUACCAAUCCCUAUCGAAGUAACGCCUGAAAAAGUAAUUGAACCAAGUGUAAGUUUCACGAACGAGAACUACACCGCGACGAACAACGAUACGGAAAUUACAUUGGACAUGAAACUGAAAAAAGUCGUUGGGCUCAUUGAGAUCGAUCUGACGUCUCUCAUGCAAUUCUUCAUCCCCAAGUCAAUGAAAUGUGGCGAUCUUCAAAGACAUCUUUCCAUCCCAUUGUGUCCCCAACGACAGGAUAUGACACGCCAGCCGUUAUUUUACAUUCCAUCUAUGGCAGUAAAAUAUCUUAAAAAUGGAAAAUACAAGAUCACUGCUGAUAUACACGAGAAAUUGACGGGAAAGCGAGUUCUUUGCGUAAACAACUUGGAAGUUGAGAUAAAAGUAUUACAAGAAAAGCCCUCGAGCAAGAAAGAAGAAUUGUGAUCAAAUGUGAACUCGGCACUAUAACUUUUUUUCACUAGCCAGUUCAUCAUCCUUUUCAGCAUUUUGAGGGGAGGGGGGUGAUGGUAGAAUGAAGAAGAUCUAAGUUUAGCACAAGAGCACCAUAAAAAUUUGUCAUGCAUUCUACCGAAGCAAGGCACUAAUUGUAGGUCGUAUUCCUGAUACAUAGUUCAGUGUAUAAUUGCUGGAUAUUUUAAAUUCAACCCACACUUGUUUUAAUUAAAGAGCAAAAAUUCACUGCGAAUUAUGAUUGAAAGCAAUGACUUGGGGUCAUUUUAGUCUAAGAUUUAAUGAUUUAAUCAACUUGCACACGUAAAACAAUCAAAAUUACUCAACUUGA